UUUUCUAAUUUCUUUCCAAUUCAGAUACCUAACCAUCUUGUGUGGUUGUGCAUGUUUUAUCUAAUGUUCCAUUCAUUCUAUAAUCUAAUGGGUGAGUUGCUGUAUUUUGCCGACCGCAAUUUCUAUUGCGACUGGUGGAAUGCAAAUAAUAUCGACACAUUCUGGCGUACGUGGAAUAUGCCUGUUCAUAGGUGGUGCGUUCGACAUGUAUACAUUCCAAUGGUUGAAAUGGGAUACAAAAGUCAAACAGCUUCAAUGAUAGUCUUUUUCAUUAGUGCCUUCUUCCAUGAAUACCUGGUGAGCGUCCCACUGAAAACCUUCAAAAUCUGGGCAUUCUUAGGAAUGAUGGGUCAGAUUCCACUAUCGUCAAUAUCGAAGUUCAUGGAGAAGAAAUUCGGUCCAAGAUGGGGUAAUAUCGUGGUUUGGUCCUCCAUCAUUCUCGGACAGCCACUAUGUAUUAUGAUGUACUAUCACGACUACAUGAUUACGCAUUAUAAUGCUGCCUUCAUCAAUAACGCAACAAUGCAAUAACUUGUUGGAUAGGCGGAGGAAACGCGCAUUUAUUUGAUUGCCAUAAGCAUUUGUUUUUAUUGAUUAUUUCUGUUUUCCUAGGACUUAAAUAUUGUACAAACAUUUAUUAGAGAUUAUUGCAUUCGUGAAACUAAUGUAGAGAAACACUGUUUUCACCAAUACUUAUCGAUUAUUUGAGUAUAUUUAGACUUUUUUGAUAUGCUCAAAGUUGAGAUAUAACUUUGAUUAGAUAUUUUUGAAUUUUUGCGAUUUUGAAAGUCGCCAAAAGCCUAAGUUAAUGCCAUUUAAUAAGCAAUGUGCCUUCUCUCAGAGAAUUUUUUGAAAUGAGUAAUAAAUCAUGAUAGAUUUUGUAAUA